AUGGACAGAAUUUAUUCUGAAAUGAAUACAGAAGAUGACUACACAAUUAAAAGACGAGUUUCAUCAAUUUUAAAAGCCCCCCGAACACCUCUUCGUGAAAUAGGUAGUAGAAAUGAGUGCAUCCAGGGUUGCGAUAACGAGAAACGUCAGAGAAACUCCCGGCGUGUCAGCUUUGCAGAUACAAUAAGGGUUUUUCCAGCAGAUCUUCAAACAAAUGCGGAGUCAGAGGAAACUGUAGAAGCAAGGCACCAAGAAUCGCUUAAUCAAAAAGAAAAACCAGAGAUGGUGCAGUGUGAGAUCACUGGGAUGAACACUUUACUUCAUGCCCCAAUCCAGAAACCUUUGCAACAAGUGGAGUGCCAUGGUCAGGAAUGGAACAAAAUGAGUAGAACACUUCUCUUCUCUGAAGAAAAUGAAAUGGAUAUGACAGCUGGUCACACUGUAAUGAUUACACAUGAUAUUGGGAUCUUUGAAGAAACCGACAAGCCCAGAAAAAUAGAUUUCAAAUCAUUUUCAGCUGAAUUAAAACCAAAUAAGGAAAACUCUGAGGUGAAUGAGUUCAGUUUCCUCCGCGGGCCUGUAAAAGGGAAUGAGACUUCUCUAUCUCAACAGAAGACAAACGUUGGUAGCACACAGAAAAUUAAAUUUGAUGACUUUUUGAAAAGCUUGAAAUCAACUAAACUCUUUCCCACAACCGUUGCUGAAGUAUCUUUUCUGCCUUCAGAGGUCUCAGAAAGAAAACCGCACUCUUCAGAGGUGAAUGCAUCUUUCCAGUUGCAAGGGAAAAGCAACACUGCUAAAGUCUUUGGUGGACUUGAUAAUAAAACAGCUGUUACGCAGUAUUGCUUAUCUAAUGAGAGCAUUGCACCUCCUACUUGUCAUGCUUCAAAGCAGACAGGAUGUGGGGCGGUUGCUCUGCAUUGUAGAGAUGAAAGUAUGGACAUGACUAUUGCCAGUACAGAAAGAGUUAUCCCAGCUGGACCUGCCUCAUUUACUGUAGCAAAACAACAUCAGAACCUUGAAAGUGAUUAUUCAGUUUCUUAUGAUGGUUGCAAAUCAAAGCCUUCUAGUCACCAGCAACCAGCUAUGUGUAUUAAUAAAACAACUAUUUCUUCUAGCAUCUGUUCAGAUAUGGACAUUACUAGAAAUUGCACAGGUUUCAUUUGUGAUUCUAAUUCUAAGGAAAUGAGCGAACUUGUCCAUAGAACUUCUGAAAAACAGAACAAGACUGUCUCUAGGCUGAUGGAAAGAACUGUUUUGGGAGACUAUAAUAUGGACACUAUGGAAAAUCAAGCUUCUACAAAUGCUAAUAUGAAUGAUAUGCCUCAUUCCAUCCCCUACAAUGAAAUGGCGGCCUCAAAGCAAGAGGCUAUAUAUAGAAAUAAGGAGCUGCAAAGAUCCUCCCUUCUUGAGAGGAAAGAAGACACUCUGCUUGUAUCAUUACCAAGUGACAUGUCAGCUGUCUUCUCUGCAAAAGGUGUAGAUGUCAGUAGAAAUUAUGUUGCCUGGAGUGAAGGAAAGCAAGUAGAAUGUCAAUCUCUUCUGUCUGAUGACAAGGCAGCCUUUGCUGAGCUGAGUGGUAAAACAGCAGUAAACCAUAAAAGUAAUAGAAAAAGUUGCUGUUCAAACAAUGGUGUACCUCCAGUUCCCGCAGAUAAAACCAUUAUGUUCACAAUCAACGAAGACAUGGAACUAACUAAACCCACAGCAUACCUAAUAGAUAAAUCUCUGAAAACUGCUGGAUUUUACAAGAAGCCACAGAAAGAAACAAGAUCUGAUAACCAUAAUGUAAUUGGACCAACUAGUGACAAGACUGUUGUAUUUUCCCUUGAAGACAAUGAAAUGGAGAUUACCAAGAGCUGCACAGUGGCAGUAAACCAUAACUUUAUGCAGCAUUGUGAGAGAGAUCCUCACGUGUUGCCCUUGCAACCUGUUGAUAAGACUGUUGUUUACGCACCACACAAUGACAUGGAUAUGACUGAACCAAAUACAUGCAUAAUAGAUCAAUCUCUGGAAAAUGCUGAUGCCCAACCUGUGCACAAACUAGAUAAUGAGGCUGAUGGGAAAACUCCCACGAGGUCGACGAAGGACAAGACUGUUGUAUUUUCUCUUAGUGAUGAGAAUGAAAUGGAAAUUACUAGGAGCCAUACAGUGGCACUAAACUAUGGGGAUGCCCCCCAAAGUGGCAAAAUCUCCAUUGCAACAUAUGUGCCUCCAGAUAAAACUGUAAUGUUUACAUUUAGUGAGGAUAUGGAGAUGACUAGACCUGUUGCAGGGGCAAUGGAUAAAUCUCUGAAAAGUGUGACUGGUUCUCUUGCUGGAAAGACAAGGCUCACUGGGGUAGCUAGUGACAAGACUGUUGUAUUUUCCCUCGGUGAAGAUAAUGAAAUGGAGAUUACAAAGAGCUGUACAGUGGCAGUAAACCAUAACUUUAUGCAGCAUUGUGAGAGAGACCCUCAAGUAUUGCCCUUAAAGCCUGUUGAUAAGACUGUUUAUGCCUCACAUGAAAUGGACAGGACUAAGCCACCUGCAAGUAUGAUAGGUCAGUCAUUGGAUAAUGCCAGUGCCCAAGCUGUGCACAAACUAGAUAAUGAGGCUGAUGGAAGAACUCUCAUUGGAUCAACCGGAGACAAGACUGUUAUAUUCUCUCUUAGUGAAGAUGGUAAAAUAGAAAUUACCAGUAGUCAUACAGUGGUAGUUAAUCAUGAUACUAUCCAACAAAUGGAGGGAACUCCUCAAGCACCCUCCGCAUUUCCUGCACAGAGAUCUUACGUAGUGGUACAUAACAGUAACAUGGCAGUAAAUAAAUCUACAAGUUAUACUCCUGCAGACAAAAUAAAGAUGCUUAUUCACAACAAUGACAUGGAAGUAACUAAACCUAUAGAAUGUGUAACAGAUUCAUUGCAGAAAAGUAAUGAAAAAGAAACUGAUAAGGUAACCCUACCAGGAUUUGUCGAGGAAGAGACAGUUACAUUUUUAUGCGAAGACAAUGAGAUGGAGAUUACUAAGAGCCAUACAGUUGCAGUAAACCAUGAUGUCCAGCAAAUGGAGGUUGCACCCCAAGAGCUGUCCUUGAUUCCUACAGAGAAAACCAAGCUUUCUGGACAUAAUGGUAACAUGGCCACAAGUUUUGUUCCUGCAGAUAAAACUUUGAUGUGGAUGCACAGUAAUGACAUGGAAAUAACGGAAUCCUUAACAGAUAAAUCACUGAAAAAUACCAGUUCCAAUGCUUUGCCACCAAAGGAGAAGGAAAGUCACCAGGCAAUGUUAUCUGGGCCAGUUAAAGGCAAUGCUACGAUUGUUAAGCUGCAUGAUAAUGAAACGGAGGAGGUUACUAAGUGUCUCACAGCUGAAGCGAACCCUGAUGUUUUUGCUCAGUGUGAAAGAAGACCCCCAGUGCCAUUUUGUCAGGAUAGUUUAGACAUUAGAGGAUCUCAUAACGAAAGGAAAAGUAUGCAUGCGAUCAUAGUGAAAUUGGGAAAGGAAUCGAAAUGGAAAGCAUCCUCAAACCAAAUGUUGGCAUUAGCUACUGGUGAUAAUAUGGAGAGUGCUAAAAGGCAUACAGUGCCGAUGAAUAACCAAACAGUUCAGCAUCGUCAAUCAGUUAGCAAACCUGGGCUCCUAAUUCCUCCCAGUAAAAGUAGUGUGUUCACAUGUUACCAGGAUGGCAAAGAAAUCACUAAGUUUUCUCCUAAUGCUACUGCUGAUCCAUGCUUGUUGGAGAAACAAGCACCAAAUAAAAACACAAAGCAGGACUUUGGUAAUAUGUCGUUCUUUACCAGUCAUAGAAUAGCACAAGAUAUAGACAUUACUAGAAAUCACACAGUUAAUAUUUAUGGUCCCAGUUGUUAUGUACCUAAUCCUGAAAAACCAAUACUAAACUCGGCCACAAAAUCAAGAGAAAAGACAAUUGCAUUUUCAGAUGGUGAGACCAUGGAGAUGACUAGAAAUCACACAAUUGGAAUUGAGUUUAUGAAUAUAAACGAUAGUAACAAAGAACUCAGCUCUUGUUCCCAGGCCAGAUCUCGCUCUGAACUUUCACUUUUGGUUGACCCAAAUGAAAAGGAAUUAGGCAUUACUAAAACUGACAAACAUAUGCUUGAAAAGCCAAUUUCAUCUUCUAAUAUGGAACUGUCUGUACCUGUAAAUAAUGUCAACAGACAGAAUUUGGUGAGAAUCCAAGAGAACCAACUAGAAUCCCAUACAUCUAGAAUUAAUAAUCUUUCAGCAGUUGCUGCAAAUUAUGUGCAUUGUAGUGAAGAAAAUGAGCGCAUGUUGCCAGCUGAAAUGCUAGUUCAACAUCUAGAGUUGCAUGGUGAAACUACUCUUAAUUUGAACACACAGAGAACGUGCAUGCUAGUUGCUGGAAGUGGAACUUCAAAAGAUUAUCCAGGAAAAUUAUUUCUAUCAAGACAUGAAAAUAACCCCACUGGAGUUAGAGAAGAUCUUCCAGGUGCUGACACAGCAACUGAGAUGGGCAGGGCUGUGCUGUGUGAACUAGGUCAUAUUACAAAAGAUCGGCAAACUAAUUUUGAUCCUCCCAUCAAUAACUUCUGCUCAGAGGAAGAUCUAGUCCUUCGGCCUAAACUACCUGGUAAUGAUUGUUCAAAGAUAAUUGACAUUGGGAAGAAGCCAGAGUUUGGCUUAACAUCUCAAAAUACUAGGCCCAGUCUUGGAGAAGAGCUAAUGAAGCCAAAAGAUCCUAUGAAGUUAACAGAAGGUAUUGGAAUAGAAUCCAGUAAUUCUGUUGUUUCCAUUGAACUGCAAAAUAAGUCUUUUACAGAGUGUGAUCCCUUCAGUGUACCCUUCAGUAGUACGCAAACGAACAACUGUCAAAUAAAAAAGUUACCCCUGGGUAUCUUUCCACCUAAACUGCCAAACAAACGAAAACUCAAUGUUUCUACUGUAGAAGACAUUGGUGAAAGAACAAAGCCUCAAGAUUCAGAAAAUUCUCUGCCCAUUAGGAAAUCCUCAGAUAGAAUUACACAAUAUUUGAGUCCAUCUCACUAUAUAAGUGAAGAAUUACUUCCUCCAUGUGUAGAGGAAAUGGAUUCUAGUGAGCUUCUAAAUUGUGAAUUACAGGAAAAGGGUUGUGAUGUGAUGGAUGAAAAAGAGAUCACUGAUGAAAGACAUCUAAAAGAAACUAAUAGGCAAAAAAGAGUUCGGAAUCAAGAGGGAGAAGAGCUUCAGAAAGAAAAGAAGCUCAGAGUUGAUGAGGGCUGGGGUGAUACUACAGAGCUGAAGCAGCCAUUUUCCAGUACUAUAGUAGUUAAUGAAGAAACUCUUGAAGGUAAAAACAACCAGGACAUGAUGGCUUCAAAUAUGGAAAGGACACACAGCAGUAAUGGCAGCUCUUUGGAUUCAAUGAAAGCUGAUUCAGAUCUCAGCAUUCAGCGAAAUGCUGAAAUGGAAGCUGAGCUUCUUAUGAACAGUACUUGUGAACAAAAUUUGCAGGAGAAACUGCAGGAUGGCGUUAUCACGGUUGGAGAAUUUUUUACACUUCUCCAAGUUCACAUUCUCAUACAGAAACCUCGCCAGAGCCUACUCCCACCCAAAUACACAGUCAAUGCCCCAGAAGAUUUGAUUCUCACAGAGUAUGUUUACCAUCCCAAGUUGCAGAUUUACAAUGAAGAUUGUCAAGCUCUCUCUAAGAUAAUAGAAGAACUCAAGUUGUGUGCUGAUAACAAAGAUAAACUUCUGGUGAAUGUGUAUAAAAGUAUGUGGGAAGUAAUGAGAACCUGCUCUGAUGUGGAGCUGAAAAAUUUUGGAGCAGAGCUGAACAAAAUGAAAUCUUGUUACACCAAGAAGAGUAAAGUACUGGCUCACAGAGGGAAAGCAAAAUUAUACCUGAAGCUGGUGCAGAAUGCACAGCUUCAGUGGGAGAAACUGCAAUCAAGACUAAAUGAAAUGGAUGAACUUUUCAAAGAAAUUGAUAACUGUCUUGUUGCUCUAGAAGCAGAAACUGCUAAACUUGAAGAGUCUGAGUUAGGGAUCAAUGACUCUGUGGCAGAGUAUGAGUCCAGAUUAAGACAGACUGAGCAAGAACUAGAAAACUACAAAGCUCAAGAGGAGGAACUUCAAAGAAAUCAGUCAAAUCUUAGAGGACAACAGCAACAGAGAAUUUCUGAAAUAAGCUGUCUCCAGGAAGAAGCCAAAAGUUGUCAGGAACUUAUGGAGAAAUACAACUUCUCUGAGUGGGUAAUGAAAGAAUGGAAUGAUCAGCAGGCAGUUUUCACCUUCCUUUGUGACUCUAUUAAACUCACUGUUGCACUUGAAUGCCCUGUGGAUGCUGCUGCUUUCACCGCCAAAAAGCUCUACAGGAAGAUAGUUGGUAUGAACUUUGAAUCAGUGUUGGAUGAAGGAAAAGCUCCAGCUUCUUCCAAACUAGUGCAAAGACUCAUUUUCCAGUUUAUUAAUGAUCAGAGUUCAUGGCAGGAGAAAUACUCAGAAGUGCACCACCUUCAUCAGUUGCUGCAUGACCUCUCCCUUGUGGUGAGUCGCUGUAAGCGCCUAGGAGAAGAGAUAGAGUUUCUGAACAGAUGGGGUGGGAAAUUUAAUCUUCUGAAGACAGCAGUGAAUGAUAGCAAAGUGAAACUACUAUUUUCCAGUUCUCUGGCUUUUGCAAAGUUUGAAGUUGAGCUGUCUCUUUCUGCCAGCUACCCUAUAUCUCCAAUGGCUUUCACUGUUCAAAACUACACAGGCAAUCUUGGCCAAGAAGAAAUUUCUGAGGUUUUGUCUAGCGUUCCAGUGGGGGCUGACUAUUUGAAGAGAAUGGUCAAUCAGAUUCAUCAUAGUUUACUCCAGAAUCCCUCAAGAAUUCACCAACAACGAAAAUAA